UGGACGCCAUCUUGACUCCGGGCGGCCUCGCCCUGAGACACUUCGCUACCCGCCGAUACAGCUCGCUUUGCGCAGGGUAGGCGCUUCCAGGCCCAACCAAAGAUGGUGGCUCGGAGCGCGCGCCCGUCUAGCUCUGUCUCCAUGGUGAUCUCCCCUUGCCCUGCCCCCCGCCCGCGCCGCCGCGCGCAGCCCGCACCAUGGCGCCGCUGAGCCGCCGCGCCCGGGACUGGCUUUACUCGCUGAUUCUUCUCACCAUUGUAUUACUUUCAUGGGGAUAUGUUAUUUAUGCAACAAGAAUAGCAGCUCGGUGGCAACUUGAGAAGGACUACCCUGAUCAAAUGCUGAAUUUUUAAAGGAAACAUUACAGAUGGACGGCAUCUGGAUUUUCACACCUGAACACAUUUAAAACCAAAUUUGAGGACAGAAAAGAUUAUUUCCAACUAAUGGUUUGAGAAGUUAUGACCUGACCACAUAAUUUAAGUUUAACAGUGGUAGAAGGCUUCAAGAAAAAAAAAAAUCAAGCUUCCUGCACAAUUAAAGGAUCAACAGAAAUACAGGCAAUGCAUGUUGUGUGACACUGAGUUUUCUUAAUAAAUAUAGAAAAUGAGCACCAGACUAAGUAGCAGCCAAGGAAGAAAUGUACACCAAGUGUAUGUUCAGUUGGUUUGCAGAAUGUCUUCUCUUUUACAGACUUAAUGUCUUUGCUAAAGAGUUUGUAAUGUUUAAAAUAUGGUACACAUGUUUAAGUCCAGUGAUAUGGCAGUAAGUAACAUUAUUUAAAAGUGAUUCAACAUUUUCCUUCAGUUCACGUUAAUAGUAUUUGGCCCUCAAAUAGUCUUAUUCAGCAACAGCUUAUCCAUA